AUGAAAACAGUUGCCAUCUCUAUAUUGCUCGUUGCAUUAACAACAUUUGGUGUCGUUGUUGCAGAUGUAAACCAACUAGUGUAUGAUGCGGACGGAGAGCCGGUUAAGACCAACGUUCCGUAUUUCGUCAGCUUCAUGACGUUAGAAUACGGAAUGUGGAUUUGCCGAAUGAAUAUGGGAUCUGAUCCCAUGUCAUGCCCACAACAACCGGUAAUGUUCACUAAUCCAAAUAUAGCACCCACACCAAUUAUGUUCGUGUUACCAUCAUCAAAUUCAUCAUAUAAUGUCAUACAUGAAUCAACCGAAGUUAACAUUAAGUUCGCAAGCCACGAUCGUUGCCGUGAGUCUGGUUUUUGGAGAGUUGUUCAGAAUAGCACAAGCUCACAAGGAGAAGUAGUCCUGACCGGUUCUAAGUCAAGCAAAGACAGUACCUUCACCAUCGAGAAACCUAACGAAUAUUACACGUUCAUUUUCGGCAAUAAUGAUGAUCGAACAACUAUCAGUUUAUCUAACGAACCAAUAUCGAGGCUGAUUUCGAAAAGGUAUUCUGGAGAGAUGGAGGUUUAUUUCUACCGAGCUACUCUUAAGUAA